CGGGGUGGCCCCUGACCGCCAGCACCCCGGGGUGGGAACGGAAGGCGAGGGGCCCGGGGCGCACCGCGGUCCUUCCCGCCGGCGUGGGGCCGCCCUGGUCUGGUCUCCCGACUCGGUCCCGUGGCCCCGACGUCGCCGGGAGGCUCGCAGCGGAGGCCCGCGCGGCUCCAUGGUUCAGUCCCUUUGCCGAGAAGCCCCGGCCUUUGGGGGUUGGGAGAGGUUUUGUCCUCUCCGCCCCGCGUGAACCUCGGUUUGGCAGUAGUCUGUGGGGCCUCAGCCAGCCACAAUGCAGGGGGAGCAGAGUGGAGAUUGGUCUGCUGCCUUGGACACCUGUGAACCAGAAUCCAAUCAAGCCUCCAGCUGCCUGUGCCAUGGAUCCUAAGGGAAGCAGUGGUUCAGGCCUCCAGGAUGAGCACAUUACAGACUUGCUGGUGUUUGGCUUCCUUCAAAACUGCUCCAACUACAAUUUCCAAAAAGAGCUGCAGGUGUUGGGCCAUGACCUAUAUUUGCCAGCAUGCCUACGGGAAAACCAUGAUGAUGAACUGCAGACCGAUGGCAGCCAGUACAGCCACUUUGUCCUGGAGAGCCAGGAGACAGAUUCUGAGAGUCAAGACGAAAUCAUCCAGAAUAUCGCCAGACAACUUGCCCAUAUAGGGGACAGGAUGGACCGCAGUGUCCCCCCAAGACUGGUGAAUCACCUGGCAAUACAAUUUAUGAAUGGGAACCUGUCAGAGGAAGACAGAAGGGAGUGCCUUGCUGCUGCCCUGGAGCAGGUCAUGCAGACGCAUCCUAAAGACAUGGAGAAGGAGAAGACUAUGCUGAUGUUGACCAUGCUGUUGGCCAAAAAGGUGGCCGAUCACACACCAUCCUUGCUCAGUGAUGUCUUUCGCACAACAGUGAAUUUUAUUAAUCAGAACCUACUCACCUAUGUGAGAAACUUAGUCAGAAAUGUAAGAACCAAUGUUGUCAGCUUCUUGGCAUUUCACUAAAUCCUCUUGGUGUCUGCCUACUUCCUAUAUCCAUUUCCCUCUAAGGAGAUGGACUGAACGGAUGACUGCAAAGCAUGUCUGGUUAAAACUUGAUACAGGACAGCAGUUAGCUGCCUCUGGUGGAGAUGGAGUUGUGACCACUUAGAGUUCUUAGAGAAGACAGGCACAAGAUAACAGUUAUUUAUUUCUCAUUAUUUUUAAAGGUGAUUUUUAGGUCCCAUGACCCAUUUAGGAAUCUCUACAGUAAUAUACUUGAAUAAAAAUGUCAACUUGGACAUA